AUGUUCAGAGAUAAUGAAGAAGAAGUUUCGGUAUUUUCAGAUCUUUCAUAUCUAACACUUAGGAACAUUGAGAACGAGAAUUGUGACAUUUAUAGUUCAAGGUUGUGUGCAUCACAAGAUGGAUCAGAGGACAUGGACGAUAACAAGAAUUGUGACAUUUAUGGUUCAGGGUUGUGUGUACCACAAGAUAGAUUAGAGGAUAUCGAAUUUUUUCCAAACUUCAAUAACGAUCCAAUCUCAAUAUUUGGAUUUUUAGAUUUUGAUUUUUCAAAAUCUGAAACCAUCCCUAUUGGUGAAUUUUCGACAUCGAAAGACUUUCGGAGCUUCCAAGAAAAUGAUAUGAAAGAAAAACUCAACUUUUGUAGUUCUUUCCCAACUAAAGAAGGGAAAAGGAAGAGCAAUAAAAUCGAGGAGAUCCCGAUAACAGAAAUCAACAAGAAGCGCAAAUUGGAAAACAAAAAUCGCAUUUAUGAAGACCGAAGUUUCAUGAAUAAAUCAAUUUUAGGGCAAAAUGAGAGGAGAUGCAGCCAUUGUCAAGCUAACACGACACCACAAUGGAGAAUGGGUCCGAUGGGACCAAACACUUUGUGCAAUGCUUGUGGUGUGCGAUAUAAAUCAGGAAGGUUGUUUCCUGAGUACAGACCGGCAGCCAGCCCAACGUUUGAUCGGUUAAAACAUUCUAAUUCUCAUAAGAAGGUGUUGCAAUUACAAAGGAAAUAUAAGCAUAAGCGAAUUAUUUAG